GCAGCACCAGCGGCGCGCAGGGCCUGCAGCAGAGGCCGGCGCACAAGGUAGAAGGGCCGCGCUCUGGCUGGCUGGCUGGCGCCCGGGGCCAGUGCUCGGCGGUGGCGGCCCGGCCAUGGCGGGCAGCGGCGCCCGCGGCAGCUGCCGGAGCUGACAUGGCCCGGGUGAGCGGCGCGCUGGGGGCGGAGGAGGCCCCGGAGAGUUACUCGCUCCGCCAGGAGAACGAGCUGCAGGUGCUGGAAUCCAUCUACGGGCAGGACUUCCGAGACCUGCGGCAGGAGCAGCCCUGGAAGGUAAAACAGCCUCCGGAAAUCAGUUUAGUUCUGCGUCCUCAGGGUUUGACCGGUGACAAUGAAGUUUAUGCCAAAGUUGAUUUGCGGGUCAAAUGUCCCCAAACCUACCCUGAUACUGUCCCUGAAAUACAGUUGAAAAAUGCAAAAGGUUUGUCAAAUGAAAACAUUAAUUUGUUAAAAUCCAGACUAGAGGAAUUGUCAAAACAACGCUGCGGAGAGGUGAUGAUAUUUGAACUUGCGGACCACAUACAGUCAUUUCUCAGUGAAUAUAAUAAGCCACCUUCCAAGUCUUUUCAUGAAGAAAUGCUUAAAAAUCAGCAAAAGGAACAAGAGAGACUGGCCCAGGAAGAACAGCGUCGGAUGCAAGAAGCUAAGAGAAGAGAGGAACAGGAGCAACGUGAAAUUCUUGAUGAGAUUCAGAGAAGGGAGGAGGAGAAGAGAGAAGGACGAAAAAAGAAAGAAAUGGCAAAACAGGAACGUUUGGAAAUUGCCACUUUUACAAGACAAAAUUCUUUCAAAAGAGACACUGUAGGGCACAAAUCUGCUUCCGGUUUAAAUGGAGGUGCACUGGAACAUGGAGGGAACAAUAAACAUCGCACAAAUUCCACUGGGCGUUCAAAGCGAGAACGUCAGCAUUCUAUAUGUAGUAGUGAAGAUUCUCCUGGAAAUUAUGAAAUUUUGAACUUCAGUACUGGUGGUGCUGGUCAGCUUACUGUUCACAAAGGAAAAUGUAUAGACAAGGAUGAAGAGCUUGGAAAAUCAGUCUACAAUGCCUUGGAAAUAUAUACUGGCAACUUUGUCUUAGUAUAUGAAUGGGUUCUUCAAUGGCAGAAAAAAAUGGGAAGAUUUCUUACAACUCAAGAAAGGGAAAAAGUUGAUAAAUGCAAAAAACAGAUUCAGGGUGCAGAAACAGAGUUCAGCUCACUGAUGAAGCUAAAUCACCCAAACAUAGUACGUUACAUGUCCAUGAUCCUUAAAGAGCAAGAUGAUUCAAUUGUGGUAGAUAUUUUAGUGGAGCAUAUUAAUGGAUCUAACCUUUCUACAUACCUGUGCAAAGAGGUCCCGAUUCCCAUUGAUCAGCUGCGCCACUAUGCAACCCAACUUUUGUCUGCCCUUGACUACUUGCACAGUAAUUCAGUAGUGCACAAAGUCCUGUGUGCUUCCAGUAUCCUGGUAGAUACUGAAGGAAAUGUCAAAGUGACAGACUACAGCAUUUCAAAGCGCCUAGCUGAUAUCUGUAAGGAGGAUGUUUUUGAGCAAACGAAAGUUCGAUUUAGCGAAGACGCGCUGCCUAACAAGCCUGGAAAAAAAGGGGAUGUAUGGCGUCUGGGCCUGCUACUGCUUUCUCUCAGCCAGGGACACGUAACCAGGGAAUAUCCGGUCACUAUUCCUAAUGACUUACCUGCUGACUUUGAAGAUUUUCUGAAAAAAUGUGUUUGCUUGGAAGAUAAGGAAAGAUGGAGUCCUCAGCAGUUGUUACAACACAGUUUUAUAAACCCUCCGCAAAUGAAAAUACCUGUAGUGGAAGAAAAUCCAGAUGAUUCAGCAGGAAUAGAUUACGUUGAGACUGUUAUCGCCAGCAGUCAUGUACCUAGUGCUACAGUCUUCACAGAAACACAGAGGCAAUUUUCACGUUACUACAAUGAGUUUGAAGAGUUACAGCUACUUGGCAAAGGGGCUUUUGGAGCAGUCAUCAAGGUACAAAACAAACUUGAUGGCUGCUACUAUGCUGUGAAACGUAUUCACAUAAAUCCUGCCAGCAAGCAGUUCCGGAGAAUUAAAGGUGAAGUAACGUUACUUUCUCGACUGAACCAUGAGAAUAUUGUGAGGUAUUACAAUGCAUGGAUAGAAAAACAUGAAAAGCCCCCUCCCAGUACCUCAACAUCAGAAACUACAGAAGGGAAAAAAGCAUCUGCUAAGUUAGAUCUGAAUGGGAAGACUGAAGAAGAAUCAACAGCUGGUGUGGAAGCCAAUGCCCCUCCCCCUGUUUUGACAAGUUCAGUUGAGUGGAGCACCUCUUGUGAGAGAUCUUCUAGCACCAAAUUUAGUGGAGCUGAUCAGGAGUCCAGUGAUGAAGAUGAUGACGGUGGAGGAGUGUUUUCACAGUCAUUCUUACCACCUGCAGAUUCUGAAAGCGAUAUAAUUUUUGAUAAUGAAGAUGAAAACAGUAAAAGUCCUACUCUGGAUGAAGAAUGCCAUCAAAAGAAUAGUCACGGUAAAGAAGACUGCAUUUCAGUGGUUCAGACAAUAUACUGUCUGUUCAUUCAGAUGGAGUAUUGUGAAAAGAGCACAUUACGGGACACUAUUGAUCAGGGAUUAUAUGAAGAUACUAGUCGGCUUUGGAGACUUUUCCGAGAAAUUUUGGAUGGAUUAGCUUACAUCCAUGAGAAAGGAAUGAUCCACAGAGAUUUGAAGCCUGUAAACAUUUUUUUAGAUUUUGAUGAUCAUGUGAAAAUUGGUGAUUUUGGUUUAGCUACAGAUCACCCAGCAUAUGCAGCGGACACUAAACAAGGAGAAGAUCAUUCAGGAAACCAUGUGGCCAAGUCUGACACUUCAGAUAAUUUGACAGGUAUGGUUGGCACUGCACUAUAUGUGAGCCCUGAGGUCCAAGGAAAUACUAAAUCUUCAUAUAAUCAGAAAGUUGACCUUUUCAGUCUGGGUAUAAUAUUCUUUGAGAUGUCUUACCAUCCCAUGAGUACCGCAUCAGAAAGGAUCUUUGUUCUCAGCCAACUAAGAAAACCUACUAUUGAAUUUCCAAAAGACUUUGAUGAAGUGAAACAUGAAAAGCAGAGAUCGGUUAUUACUUGGUUGUUGAGCCACGAUCCUGCAGCACGACCAACUGCUGUGGAGCUGUUAAAAAGUGAACGCCUCCCACCACCCCAGAUGGAGGAAUCGGAACUUCAUGAAGUGCUUCAUCAUACCUUAGCAAAUGUAGAUGGGAAAGCUUACCGGACUAUGAUGGGCCAGAUAUUUUCACAACGUAUCUCUCCAGCAAUGGAUUACACCUAUGACAGCGACAUGCUGAAAGGUAGUUUUUCCAUUCGAGCAGCGAAGAUACAGCAGCAUGUAUGUGAGACUGUCAGCCGGAUCUUUAGAAGACAUGGAGCUAUCAAGCUGCAUACCCCACUGCUAAUGCCUAGAAAUAGGAAACUGUAUGACCAUAACGAAGCUUCAUAUUUCAUGGAUCACAGUGGGAUGCUGUUGAUGCUUCCUUAUGAUCUCAGGAUUCCUUUUGCAAGAUUUGUAGCUAGAAAUAAUAUAUCAAACUUGAAAAGAUAUUGUAUAGAGCGUGUAUACAGACCUCGGAAGUUAGACCGCUGUCACCCCAAAGAACUCCUAGAAUGUGCAUUUGACAUCAUCGCUUCCAGUGGAAACAGCUUUUUACCUAUUGCAGAAACAAUCUACACUAUAUCUGAAAUCAUCCAAGAAUUUCCAGUACUACAGGAAAGAAACUAUAGUAUUUACUUGAACCACACUGCCUUACUGAAAGCUAUCCUCUUGCACUGUGGAAUACCAGAAGAUAAACUCAAUCAAGUCUACAUCAUUCUGUAUGAUGCAAUGACCGAAAAGUUAACAAAAAGAGAAGUGGAAGCCAAAUUUUGUAAUCUGUCUCUGUCAUCAAACAGCCUUUCUCGACUGUAUAGAUUUAUUGAGCAGAAGGGAGAGUUGAAUGAUUUAAGCCCGUUGAUAAACGCAAUGAUAAAACAAAAAACUGGUGUCACCCAGCUGGUAAAGCACGGCAUGAAAGAUCUGGAGGAAGUCAUGGGUAUCUUAAAGAAGCUUGGUAUAAAACUUCAGGUGUCUAUAAAUUUAGGACUCGUUUACAAAGUGCAACAGCAUAAUGGAGUCAUCUUUCAGUUUAUAGCAUACGUCAAACGCAGACAAAGAACUGUGCCUGAAAUUCUGGCAGCUGGAGGCAGAUACGAUCAUCUGAUUCCACAGUUCAGAGGGCCGCAAACAGUAGGACCACUUCCUUCUGCUGUUGGAGUCAGUAUAGCUAUAGAUAAAAUAACUGCUGCAGUUUCCAGUGUGGAGGACUCUGUUACUAUGGGCUCUUGUGAUCUGUUGGUUGUGAGUGUUGGGCAGAUGUCAAUGACGAGAGCCAUCAAUAUCGUUCAAAAACUCUGGACUGCGGGAAUUCCUGCUGAUAUCAUGUAUGACUGGUCCCAGUCCCAAGAAGAACUGCAAGAGUAUUGCAAAUGUUCUGGGAUCACAUAUGUGGCUCUUGUCUCUGAGAAAGAAGGAAGUCAUGUAAAGGUGAAAUCCUUCGAGAAGGAACGGCAGACGGAGAAAAGGAUUGUAGAGUCUGAUCUAGUAGAACACCUGGCCCAGAAACUGAAGACUAAAGUCUGUGAUGAAAGAAGUAACAGAGAAACUUCAGAUAAUCUCUCAGUACAAAAUCUAAAAGGAUCAUUUGCUAAUACUUCAGGUUUAUUUGAACCACAUGGAACUUCUGUAGUGCCAAAUGUGAGUGUUAUCGCUCCUGAAAAAUUGCCUGCCAGUGUCAGACGGCGUUAUGAAACUCAGGUACAAACAAGACUCCAGACGUUCAUUACUAAUCUGCAACAGAAAACCAGUGAGAUUGAAAUUUUAGCUGUAGAUCUGUCAAAAGAAACUAUAAUACACUUCUUGUCACUAGAGUAUGAUGGAGAUGAACAAGCCUUUUACACGACUGUAAAACAAUUGAUGUCACGAUUGCCAAAGCAGAGAUACCUACAAGCCAUUUGUGAUGAAAUUUACAAUAUCAAAAUAGAAAAGAGAAUUCCUAUGCUUAUCCUGUACUCUUAUCGAGAUGACUAUUACAAAAUUCUGUUUUAGUUCUAAAGAGGCUUCUGUUGGUGGGAUGCUUAAGUGACUCUACCAAAAGAUACAUAAACUGAAACCAAAACCAUUAAUCAAAUAAUGUGAAAUAAUUGUUGCACAUUCAUUAUGACUUUUGAUAUAGGAAAUUCAUGAAAUUUCAGUAAGCUGUGAUAUAGAGAGACUCAGGCAAUUACUGCCUUUAUUUUUUUAGUGUGUAGUGGCCAGCUUCAUACUUUGCAUUUUUAUAUGUAAAACUUAUUAAAAGUGUUAUAUAAAAAAGUUCAAAAUAAA